AUGAAUGACGGUACACUCGUCAUUCGUGAAGAGAAGAUUCCGUCGCAAAAUAUAGGCGGUGUUGGUUUUGUUGUGCACCCAUCUGUCGUCCAUCUUGUCAAUUCUCACGAGAUCCUUUCACCUCGUCUGGCCAUUCUUCGCCUCUGCCAUCUGCGCCAAAAACCCAUCGGUAUCAUCAACUGCUACUCACCAACAUCAGCAGCUGAUGAAUCCGAAUUGGACGCGUUUUACGAGGAGCUGGAAGAAGUAAUCCGCAACGAGAAGUCCUUCUACAAAUUCGUUGUCGGAGACUUCAACGCAAAACUAGGAAAGGCCACAGAAGAGGAAUACAGGAUUGGAAGAUUUGGACUAGGGGACCGGAAUGAAAAUGGCAAUCGUCUCGCCGGGCUGUUGUCCGCCGCUCGCCUCUUCCAUGGGAACUCUCUUUUCAUGGAAAAAGAUCAUCGUCGGUGGACAUGGGAAUCGCCCAAUGGCGCGACUCGUGCGGAGAUCGAGAUCACAUACUCGCCAACCGGAGGUGGUGUCUACUUGACGUCUCAGUAG